UAGUCUAGAUGGAGCUACUUGUUUAGUGAAUAUAUUAAGUUUUGAGGUUAUAGCAAGUUUGUGCAAGAAUAACAUUGGUAGUGUUAUUGUAAUACAGCAUUGUUUAGGCAAAGAAUCGUCCUUUCAUUCGGACGAAAAUUAGACUUCUUAAAACAAUUAUGUGAGCAAUUAAAGCUUGCUGAUCAAUUCUACGUCAAUAUGUCGGCUCCGAGCGACGUUAAAACAAUGCAAGCGUACAGAUUGGCCUUCCUGGCCGUCUGACAAAUAUGAACUUAUGGCAUAAUUUCAUAACUUUAGAAAGCGAUCAUGGUCAAGGAAAAACCAAAUUCAAUCCGUAUUUACGAUUCAGAAGGUUAUAGACGUAGAGCUGCAUGUAUUUGCGUCAAGAACGAUCUUGAAGAUGAGGUACUUUUGGUUACAUCCAGUCGAAGACCUGAUAGUUGGAUAGUACCUGGUGGCGGUGUUGAACCAGAAGAAGAACCCGCAGUAACAGCAUUAAGAGAAGUCAGAGAAGAAGCUGGUGUUUUAGGACAAUUAGGCAGAUGUCUUGGUAUAUUCGAGAAUGUGGAACACAAACAUAGAACACAAGUAUGGGUUAUGCGAGUAACAGAAGAGCUGCCAGAAUGGGAAGAUUCACGCGCUAUUGGUCGAAAGCGAAAAUGGUUCUCUAUACCAGAGGCCUUGCUACAGCUUGCUCAGCACAAGCCCGUCCAGCGUUCUUACAUACACAGUCUCCACAAUACCAAUCCUCGACAUAAUCCCAAUAUUUCACCAUCUCAUCAUUCACAUACUACUGUAACGUCUAUUCAGUUAAUGAAUAAUUCUAGUAACAAUCCUCAUCUUAACAAACAUAGCUAAUAUUAAAUACCAUCCAUUUGCGUGAACAAUUGCUAUCAAAAUGUUAAAUAUUUGUUGCUGCUCCUUUCCUUUCAUACAGUUACUAAAGUUGUAUUUUAUAUGUAAAAUGAUCAUUUAUACAUUUUUCCUUUCCUUUUUUCAUUCUUCUCUUUUUGUUAUUCGUAAUACAAUCGCAGUGGGUCUUGUUAAUAUACUGUACUAGUACUGCUACUAUACAAUUACUACCAUCAUUACUAUCACUAUUACUACUAUUGUGAUUAAUAUUGCUAUUCUACUAUUAAUACUAUUAUUAUUACAGAUACUAUUAUUAUUAUCAUCAUCAUCAUCGUCAUCAUCAUUAUUAUUGUCACUGACUUUGCUGUUAUCGACGUUAUACUUAUUCAUAUAAAUUAGUUAAUAAACUGGUCCAUAAAGGAGCAGUUUCUUCAACUUAAUUUUCAUUUUUUGUCAAUUUUUUAACGAAAAUAGUGCUUAUACUCGAUGUAUAAAUAAGUACAUAAUUUUCAUACGUAAAGUGGAUGGUGUUUUAUGCAAAAAAAAAAAAGAAAAUUC